AGCUCUUGCAGUUAGCGGGCUCAACUGAAAGUGAACGGAAAUCCCAAGAAAGAAACGAGCAAUCCACAAAAACGAUCUAUUGAAAGCCACAGCUCCGAAAUGAAUCGACUAGGAAUGGUGAGCCUGGGCCUAAUGUUCUGCCUUUUCGGCGGCUUAAGCCGGAUUUCAUCGGCCAAACUGGAGGAGAAGUUCUCGUGGAAACAUCUGGCCUUCGAUUGGCCCACUCCGGAGGCCGAGGCGGAGGCCAAGUCGAAUGGCCACUACAUCGAGGAGAACAACCUGCCGCUGGGCGUGGAGCGUUGGCAAAACAAAAUCUUUGUCACUGUGCCAAGAUGGAAGGCUGGUGUUGCUGCCACCCUCAAUUAUAUCGAUAUCAAUUCGACGGAGAAGUCGCCAAAGCUUCACCCUUAUCCCAGUUGGGAGGCCAACAAGCUGCCCAUCGAUGUGCAGCCACAGGACCAAAAGACACCAUCCGGUGGACGUCUUGAUGCCGAUAAGGCUCAAGAUGCCGGCAUCCAGCUGAAGGACAACUCCACUGUCAUUUCCACCUUCCGAAUUCAAGUGGACGUAUGCGAUCGCCUGUGGGUGCUCGAUACUGGCUUGGCCGACAUCCUGGGCAGUCCCAAGCAGAUUACACCCAAUUCUAUCCUGGUAUUCGACUUGAAAACGGAUACCUUACUGCGCCGUUUCACCAUUCCCGCUGAUCAGACCAAAGAGGACUCGUUCUUUGCGAAUAUUGUUGUGGAUGCAGACCGCUCAGAGUGCCAAGAUACUUUUGCUUACAUCCCGGAUUUGGGUGCCUACGGCGUGAUUGUGUACUCCCUGAGGAACGACAAAUCCUAUCGCGUCAAGCACAACUUCUUCCACUUUGAUCCGCUGCAGGGAGAUUUCAAUGUCGGCGGCGUGAACUUUCAGUGGACGGAUGGCGUUUUCGGCUUGGCCGUGGGUCCAAUGAACCCAGAUCACUCCAAGGACAUUUACUUCCAUGCCUUGGCCAGUACCAAGGAGUUUAAGGUUUCGAACCGAGUGCUGCAGAACGAAUCGCACGUGACCGGUGGCGAUUCGUACUACGAUUUUAAAUACGUUGGUGACCGUGGCAUGAAUGGCCAGUCCACCGCUGAGGUCUUUGAUCCCGAGACCGGCGUCAUCUUCUAUACGCAGGUGAACAAAGACGCCAUCGCCUGUUGGAACAUCAAGCGUCCCUACACUCCCGACACCCAGGGGCUAAUCGAUUCCGAUUCGCACACCCUGGUCUUUCCUAAUGACAUGAAAAUCGACAAUGAGGGCACUGUUUGGGUGCUAUCCGACAAGAUGCCUACGUAUUUGUACAAGGAACUCGAUCCCUCGGCCGUCAACUAUCGUAUUUUGAUGGGCCAGAACCGCGAUCUCAUCAAAGGUACUCCAUGCGAAAUGUGAUCACUUGGAUAUUUACAUCUACAUGCUGUGUUUGUGACGCGGUGCAUUUUUGUAUUUACAUUAUGACAUUAUUGUUUGUUAGUAAGUCAGCUUAAUAAACUAUUUGAAAUGUGA